GCAAUAAUGGAAAGAGCAGCAGCAGAGUCUGACUACGCUGAGGCAUUGACAAAGAGCAUUCUGUUUUAUGAAGGCCAAAGGUCCGGCAAAUUGCCUUCUUCACAACGUAUGACUUGGAGGAAAGACUCUGCCCUCACUGAUGGCUCUGAUAUUGGUAUGGACUUAGUAGGUGGAUACUAUGAUGCUGGUGACAAUGUAAAGUUCCACCUCCCAAUGGCAUUCACAGUGACCAUUUUGUCAUGGAGUGUAAUAGAAUUCGGCCAAUUUAUGGACUCAGAUUUACAGCAUGCAUUGGAAGCCAUUCGCUGGGGAACAGACUAUUUCCUCAAAGCCACAAGUAAGGCAGACGUUGUUGUAGCCCAAGUUGGUGACCCUUAUGGUGACCAUGAUUGCUGGGAGAGACCUGAAGACAUGGACACACCUCGAACCUCUUACUUCGUGGAUAAAGAACACCCUGGUUCUGAAGUUUCAGCUGAGAUUGCAGCUUCACUUGCAGCCUCUUCUAUAGCUUUUUCAAAUUCUGACUCGGACUAUUCUGCUCUGCUUCUUAGCAGGGCCGUCCAGGUAUUUCAAUUUGCAGACACUCAUAGAGGAUCUUACAAUGACAGUAUUGGAAAUGCAACUUGUCCAUUUUACUGCGAUUUCAAUGGCUAUAUGGACGAGUUGGUUUGGGCAGCUUCAUGGUUGUAUAAAGCAACGAAGGAGGCUAAUUACUGGAACUAUGUUAAAGAAAACAUGCAGGGUGGAAAUAUUAAGGAGUUUGGAUGGGAUGCAAAGCAUGCUGGUAUUAACGUACUCGCUUCCCAGCAUUUAAAAUUUUCUUGUUUAAUUUUUUUUGUGGAACAGUGGGCUAUGACAGACCCUUCCGACUCUAACCUCUUCAUUCCCAAUGCGGACCAAUUCGUAUGCUCCAUAUUCCCCCAAUCACCUACAAAAUCAGUCUCAUAUACCCCGGGUGGACUUAUGUUCAAACCCGGAGGAUUCAACAUGCAAACUACGAUGUCUAUAUCGUUUCUUCUUGUAGUUUAUGCUCAAUACAUGAAAGCUGCCAGUAAAACAAUUCAAUGUGAAGGUUUUGUUGCCGAUCCUUCUGGGCUAGUAAGCCUUGCCAGAACCCAGGUGGAUUAUGUACUAGGAAACAACCCAUUGAGCAUGUCAUACAUGGUUGGGUAUGGGGAAAAGUUCCCACAGAAAAUACAUCAUCGAGGUUCGACCAUGCCUUCCAUUGAAGAAGUGCCAGAGCACAUUGGUUGCCGUGAUGGAGAUGCAUAUUUCAAUAAAGAGGGACCAAAUCCCAAUGUGCUGAUUGGGGCUCUUGUUGGAGGACCAGUGAAAGAUGAUUCGUUUAAGGACUCUAGAUCUGAUAUUGCUGAGUCCGAACCUACCACAUAUUACAACGCCCCUUUUGUGGGUUUGUCCGCUUACUUCAAAGCUAAUUAAUUCAAACAACCAUGUGGUUGUUCUUUAGAGAUACCUCGGUUGACAAUGACCUAUCAUCAUAU